AAAGAAUGAUAUUGAAGUAUUUAACAGUAAUGGCAGCACUGACAAUGGUGAUGAUAAUUGUAAUAUGAAUCAUUAAAUUUUAAUAACAUAAAGUACAACAAUCCUGGCAACAAGCGUUGAAAGGUAAUUACGAUAAUGAUAAUCAUCAAAGACUAGUUGUUAUUAAUGACAAUAUUAAAUAUAUAAUUUUCCUGACAAUAACAGUUAUGGUGAUAUAGCUGUAAUAAUAAUAACAGUAGCUACAAUAAAUAUUGUUAUGAUAAUGAAAUUAAUACUUAAAUUAGGUACGUGUUCCACACCUAAAACACGUGAGGGUUCAAACACAGCAUAAAGAUUUAAGAAUUAUUCGAUUUAGUAAUAACAGUACCUGCAAAAAGUAUUGUUAUGAUAAUGAAAAAAAAAUGUAUAUAUUGUUAUGAUAAUGAAAAUCAUACUCAAAUUAAGUUCGUAUUCCACUACCAAAACACACGUGAGGGUUCAACUUGAACACGCCGAAGACAGCACAAAGAUUUUAACAAGAUCCAGGAAAUAUAGACAUAAAAAGUCUAAAGCCCUAUAAGAGAAGAAAGAAGAAGAAUAUUUAACAAUUAUUGGAUAUACGGAUCAAAUUGGAAAGUUUGUACUGCGUGAAACAGGAGGAUGCCGCACAAAUGCAAAUACAAAGGCUAGCUGCAAGAUGCCAGCCACACACAAAAAAUUAUAUCAGCCACAAAAUUGGUGCAUUUCAUUUAAGUAAAGACAAAACUGGUUUUCAAUGGAAGCGUAUGACGAUAUGCCGCCUUUGGAAGAUGAUGAUGUAGAAGUGGUCACAUCACCUGAGUCUUCAGAAACAAUGGAUUCAGUUCAGAACGCAUCAGAUGCAAUUCCAAAUAGAAGGGACCCAGUCGCGUCAUGCGAAGAUGAUGAUAAUGAUGAUGAUGAUGACGGCAAUGAAGAAGACUGGGAAGAAAUGGAAGAGAACACAGAGGAAAAGAUACAGUGCCUCUUUUGUAAAGAUGAGGUUCUUUCUAUCAACAAAAGCUUAUCUCAUAUCAAAGAAAAACAUGAUUUUGACCUAGCUUCUUUCAUCUGCAAAUUCAACUUGGACCAGAUAGCUUUUAUCAAACUUAUCAACUAUAUAAGAAAGGAAAACCCAGCCCCCAAACAGCUCAUACAAGAAAAGCCAGAAAAAUGGGAAUGUGACAGUUACAUGAAGCCUGUAGAUGCCAAUGAUUCUUGGUUAAUGUUUGAUGUUGAAGAACUUACCAGUCAGGAGGAGCAGAGCAUCAGCAAGACUGCAGAUCCCACAACACUGCAGGCCAGAUGUGAUGAAUUCCAGGAGAUUAUCGAAAAACAGCGCGAAACCAUGACAAGAAUGUUGCAGGCAGCCCAUGCCAACAGUACGAUUGAUAAUGAGAAAUCCAUGAGAACAGUGGGGGACAUAAGACCUGAGGAAGAUGAAGGCUACUUCAACUCAUAUGCUCACUUUGACAUCCACCAUGAAAUGUUGUCAGACCGGGUAAGAACUGAAUCCUAUCGGGAUGCCAUCCUAAAAAAUGCCGCACUCUUUAAAGGCAAAAGGGUGCUAGACCUUGGCUGUGGGACCUCCAUUUUGUCCAUGUUCUCGGCUAAAGCUGGAGCGAAUGUCACUGGUGUGGAUAUGUCUGAUGUAAUAUACAAAGCAAUGGACAUAGUGAAGGAGAACAAUUUAGAAGAUGUUAUCAAACUGCACAAAGGAAAGCUUGAAGACCUAGAAUUUGAGCAUAAGUUUGACUACAUUGUAUCUGAAUGGAUGGGGUACUUCCUGCUAUUUGAAGGUAUGCUGGAUUCAGUCCUUUAUGCCAGAGACAAGCACCUAGCCGAAGGAGGUCUCCUGCUGCCAAACAGAUGCACGAUGCACCUUGUGGGGAUGGAAGAUGAAGAGGCCUUCCAUAAAUAUGUCAGUUUCUGGGAUGAUGUCUAUGGCUUCAAGAUGACAUGCAUGAAGGGUGAUGUUGUUAAAGAAGCAAAUACUGACAUAAUCAAAGAGGAGAAAAUUAUUACAUCUUCAGACACAAUUCUUGACCUAGAUCUCAUGACAAUUACUCCCAAUGACACAGAGUUCACUUCUGAAUUUUCACUAACAGUCCAGAGAGAUGGUUUGCUGACAGGUUUUGUCGGAUAUUUUGACACUUACUUUGAGAUGCCAACUCCAGUUUUCUUCUCCACUGGUCCACAUGCAACCCCAACACACUGGAAACAGACAGUGUUCUACCUUCCGGAGCCUCAUAAUGUCAAAAAAGAUGAAGUAAUUAAAGGCGUAAUAUCUGUCCGGAGAAAGAGAAGAGAAAUCCGAUCGCUAGAUGUUGGAAUCUCCUUUAACAACAAAAAAUUCAAAUAUUUGGUGGAGUAAUAAAUGUGUAACUCAUA